AUGUGUCUCGACGAAAGUCAACUGGUUUCGGAAGGAGGGAACAUCCUGGAAAAUGUUACGACACAACAUUUUGCACCACGAUUGCCGCUGCCUCAGAUGCGAGAGGAUAACAUCGAGGCGUAUUUUUACUCGUUAAAUUUUUGGUUCGAUGCAACGGGCAUCAUGGCGGACGUGACCAAAUUUAACAUUGUUUUGGCAAGCGUUCCUCCUCCAAAACUGAUGGAACUGCGCACCAUAAUCGAUGCUGCACCGCGUACCAAUAAGUACGGAUACAUUCGAACAAAAUUACUCGAAAAUUUCACCGAAAGCCAGCAGCGACGCCUGCAACGUGUACUUCGCGAGAUGCCUCUGGGUGAACGGCGCCCAAGCGACCUCUACAACGAAAUGAAGCGCGCCGCGGGAACCACGUUAAGUGAGAGCAUUCUCCACGAUUUAUGGAUCACACGAUUACCCACGUAUACACAAGCAGCAAUUAUAGCAACGAAUGUGUCAAUCGUCGAAAAGUUGAAGAUCGCCGAUUCCAUCACGGAAUCGAUCAAAUUGCGUCAAGGAGAAACCAGCGAGGUAUGUACCGUGCAGCAAUGUACCGAACAAGAUCUGAGAGCCGAAGUAGCAGCGCUCAGACAACGACUCGACCAACUACUCACCAAUCACGGAAAUCGUUCUCGGGCUAGAUCUAGGACCCCGGCAGGUAAUCGCGACUCGCACAACCCCUCCAACGAAACAUGCUGGUAUCACACCAAAUUUGGACGCAACGCUCGUAAAUGCAGACAGCCGUGCAUGGCUCAUCCGCAAUCAUCAACCGACGCAAAAUAG